ACCUCCAGGUGGCGGUGGCCGCGGUUGAUACUUGAUGAAUCGCUGCUCUACCAUGUGUUUUCACGAAAACUCUUUAACUUAUUGUAAAAUAGCCACACAGCAACAGUGAGGACCGGUUUAUGCUGAUAUAUUCACUUUAAACUAUGUUCUAACAGAUUUCUGGAUUUCUAUAGCUGGUUGACGCUAACAAAGCACAAGGUCAAGGGAGUCGUCUCAGUGCUCUGUUGCUGACAGGCGUGGAGAGGUACAGGGCGCCUGGGGAGCAACGGGGGUUGGGUACCUUGCUCAGGGGUACCCCAGCCCUUUUGACCUGGCAAGAUGAACCAGGAAGAGGUUUUGGCACAUCUGAAGAGGGACAUUCGUGCUUUGCUCACUUCAUCCAAGAUGGGCUUGGAUCCUGAUCAGCUCCGACGAGACUAUGUGGAAAUGUUAGGUCAUCCUAUGCCCCUGAAGCUCCUUGGCUUCAGGAACAUCAUGGAUAUGGUGAAGGACAUGCCUGAUGUGGUGUCUAUUGGCAUUAAUGCAGAUGGUACCAUUUGCUUAAACGCUGUUAGUGAUGAAACCACGCAGAACAUUAAAAAGCUGGUAGGCAAGCAGCGUAUGUCUAAGGCCGACAGGAGAACCAAGAGGGUCAGUGCAAGUUACUUCUCACCCCACUACUCUCGCAUAUCCACAUCUGUACUCCUUCCUAGAAGACGUUGUGGUCCUCCACCUCUCCCUGCCCAGCUCAGGGCUCAGCUCUGCUUCCUCCUCUCGCAGGGUCCUCUCAGGUUAUCUGAUCUGGAGGGUUGCUUCCUGCGCUGCUUUGGCCACCCCUUGCGUUGCCAAAGCUAUGGCUUUUACACCACUGGAGAGAUGCUGGCGGCGUUGACGGACCUUGUUAUAAUUCAGCAGAGCAGGCUGGGUUCACUCAUAAGACUGAGGGAUCACAUGGUAACCAGGCCACUGCUCAUACCAUUUAAUUCAGCAAGGAAGACUGGACCUUCAAUGCCACUAUUGCAUAGAACUGACAAGCCACCAUUCAAAGGGCCAGGCAACAGUGCUCCGUCAGCAGGUUUACACCCAGUCUCAUUAAAGCAGAGUCCUGUGACCCAGUCUUCUGCUGAGACUCCCAUGGACCCUGUCUGCAAAGAGCCAAUAACUGUCCUUAACAAGCCAAAUCUGGUUGAGAAGAACCAGGAAGUUGAACCGGGGCUCAGCCAGGAAGACCAUCUCCUACAGAAGUGCAUCCUCAAGUUGGAGGAGGAACUUCAUCGAACAAUCCUGGAGAAUGGAAUUGCUAGCACCAUCAGUCUAGAGCUGAAGGACAAACUGCAAAAGGUUGUAGGUCAGACCAGGGAUGGAUUGUCAGUACAUGAUUUGCCUGCUGAGUAUAAGAGGCUUUUGGGUGAGGAGCUGCCACUGCAGCAGAGCGGCUUCUUCAGUGUGACCGAACUGAUCAGUGCCAUGAGUGACAUCUUCCACCUUAAACCUGCAGAAGACGACAGUGGACACCACUGGGUAAUCAUGAACGUAAAAGACAGUGACGGACCACUGUCAGACUCAAAAGAAACGGGGAAUUGUAACAGUGGUGAGGAGCUGUCAUAUACGAGCAUCGACUUCAGCUGUGAAGAGUCUCUUUGGGAAGGCAAACAGGAAGCAGAUGACAAUAACACAGAUGUUGAGAGUGAGGAGCUAGAGACCAGUAGCAAUUCCAAGAUCCGGGAAAUGGUGUCUGAGAGAUAUACUGUGGUCCAGGUGCACCGCAACCCUGCUCUUCCCCUUGAUGCCAUGCGGAGUCAACGUCUCCAACCACCGACGCGUCACAGUGCUCGAGAGCUGGUACAAGUCGCGGUGGAACAGAUGGACUCGCCGGCACAUUUCUACAUCCGCUUCAGUGACAGUGAGGAGGCGCAAGCUAUGGAAGACAUGAUGAUUGAGAUGAGGCGAUGUUACACUUAUUCUGAUGUGGCAGAGGGCUAUCGCCUCCCCAAGAAAUUUGUCAGACGGGGUCAGGCCUGCUGUGUGUCACCGGCAGGUUUGUGGUUCUACCGAGUGGUGAUCCAAAAAAUACUCAGCCCGACUCAAGUUGAGGUGUACUUUGUUGACUUCGGUGAUACGACUGUUGUGCAGAGCGCCAGCCUCAAGUUCCUCAAGUUGUGUUAUUCAGUUCUUCCAGCACAAGCUGUUCCAUCGUCCCUCGCUGGAAUUAAACCCACUACUGGCAGCUGGACUGCUGAGGCCGUGGCCUCCUUCCAGAAGCUGUGCUGUGAUCGCACCCUGGUGGGCGCUCUAGAUUGUUACACGGGAGAUGUGCUGCAGCUCUACCUGUGUGACACACGCACUGCUCAUGACGUCUACGUCCACACUGCUCUGAUGAACCAGGGACAUGGGAAACCCUGCGGCCCUGCAGAGAGUACAGCACUGUGUGUCCAAAGCAAUCCAGCAAGUCUCUAUCUGGGGGAGGGAAAGGUUGAUCUGCCGGAGUUUGAGGAGGAAAUGACCUCCAGUGAGCCAGCAAAUACUCCAGAUGAGUCCAUGCCAUCCUCCCUGAAGGAAGAAGAGGAAGAGAUGCCUGCGCUGGAGUUCAUAGAGAGCAGUGAAGUCAGCUCUGACACCCAGGCUGCACGGGCCAACCCGUUAAGUUUUGUGCUAAAUGACCAAACACUCAGCUGUGAACUGGGCCCGGUCUUGACAAAUGAACCCUCUCCUACCAACACGACUACCCCCACCUCCGGCCCUCUCACCGCUCCAGAUCUGAUCCAGACCAAGACGACCUCAGCUGAAGUGACAAAAAUGUCUCCUCAAGCAACGCCUUCUAGCAUUAAUUCCAGCCCCUGCUGUCAGACACAAGAAAAGGAGAAGCAUCAGUCAAACAUCGCUGUCCCUUUGUUGGUCAGACCACCACCAAUCCUUAGGACGCUGAGUCUUCACACCCCUUACCUCGGCCAAAUCCAGCAUUGCAAUCAAGGUGCACCUGUUUCUCUGCUGCACCAGCGAAGCACCAGCAUCAUGUUUCCUUUGUUUGGGUCCAGGUAGGUUGAGCCUCCAGUGACCCAAGUCACAAAAGAAGGAAUAUUUACUCUCUAUCUCUUAAUUAUGAUUCAGGUUGUCAUCAAGGAUUUAAUUUUUGCUUUGAUUUAUAAAGUGUUCAAAAUCGUUUUUCAUGAGAUAAAUAUUCGUGUCAUUUUAAUCUCAUGCAGAUCAGUUUAAUGAUGUUAGAACCUGUUGAUUUUGUAUAUGUGUAAUGGUUGCAUUGUCUUACUGUUUGUUCUUAGAAGACAAAUGCAAAAAAAUAUAAAAAGAAGAAUGGUUGUUCUGUUUCAGAUGGGAUUAAUCUUGAGAAUGUUUUUAUUGUAAUUUUUUUUCCUGUUUACUUUAUUAUUUUGUAUAAUUUUUAUAAUAUAUAAUUAAUGUUCUGGACAAGACUAAAACAUUUCAAAAUGCCGUUAUAGUGAGAAAUAUUUUAUUUUUGGGAAUAAAUUUUAUUUGUAUUUCAAAGUGUA